GAGAGUACUGAGAGGACAGCAUUCGAGCGAGCGAGGCAAAGUAACAGAAAGUCGGGAUUUUUUUCGGUGAAAAACAUUUUGCGAAGGCUGUGUUGGACUCAACUGGUCCUCGGCUUCGCUCUUCGCAGCAGAGCUCCCCGUUUCGAGUAUAAAGUGUUUUUUUUUCGUUUGUUUUCUUCUUUAAUGAACUCCUCAGUCAAGGAAUUACGAAUGUAAGUUGAGUAACGUUCUUUGCGCGCCAGCUCAUUUGCUAGCGGACGAGGUCUCUUUUCCACGACGAGGCUGGACUGAAACUAAGCAUGUAAACAUCCGCCGAAGUCCAGCGAAGCAACAGACUGUCUUUGACCGACUUUCAGAAAUGAUCCCACCGGCCAACAUGACCGGGAGCGACGACUGUGUCGGCUGUAAGGAGAAUGAAGGGGACGCUACGGACCUGCCUCAGUCUCCGUCCUCGGUCAGCCAGCAGGAGUCCAAGCUGCAGAAGCUGAAGCGUUCGCUGUCCUUCAAGACCAAGAGCCUCCGCAGCAAGAGCGCUGACAAUUUCUUCCAGCGGCCAAGUAUUGACGCUAAGUUCCAGACCGAUCUUUUGUCUGAGGUCAGCAGCAGCACUGGUCACCUGAGCACUAUUGGAGUAUCUGUGUCAUCUUCGCCUUGCGUUGCACCUCUGGCCCCGCCUCCACCCCUACCACCCCCUGUCGUCCCAAGCGGAAUGCCUUUGACAAUCUGCUCGCCCUCCCGGGCUCCACGGCCGCCUGACCCCACGGCGCACACCUUCCUAGAGCACAUGUUUAAGAAACCACACUUCUGCGAUGUCUGCAAUCAUAUGAUUGUAGGCCCCAACGCCAAGCUGGGACUCCGUUGCAAAGCCUGCAAGAUGGGUAUCCAUCACAAGUGUCUGGACGGGGUAGGACAACAAAGGUGCAUGGGCAAACUGCCAAAAGGCUUCAGGAGGUACUAUAGCUCCCCUCUGCUUAUCCAGGAGCAGUUUGGCUGCAUCAAAGAGGUGAUGCCCUUUGCUUGUGGUAGUAAGGUGGACCCGGUUUAUGAGACACUACGGUUUGGGACGUCUCUGGCCCAGAAGACAAAGAGGACCAGUGGCUCAGAUUCACCGCCAAGAAACUCUACCAGUGACUUGGCACAAGUUCCAGAGGAGGCAGCAGCCCAAAGCAGCCAUGCCCCACUUACCAGGAAAAACAGCGACAAUGUUUUUACAUCUCUGGAGAAUGGAACGGAGAACUUCCAAGUAGAAGAGAAGAAACCUGAAGACUCUCCGCCAGACCGAGAGUUGCGGAAGGACCUCCUGCAGCUUAACACCUACGUGGCUUUGUAUAGGUUCACCCCCCAGGAUAGCCAGGACCUGGAGAUGAGACCCGGCGAUCGAAUAAUACUGGCGGAUGAUUCUAAUGAUGAUUGGUGGAAGGGUGUGAUCGAUGACAGAAUAGGUUUUUUCCCAGCAUCCUUUGCACACCAGGUCAGGGCAGGGGACCAGGUCUUCAGGUGUAACCGCACUUUCAUUGGCUGUAAAGAGCAGGGCCAAAUCACCUUGAAAGAGGGACAGAUCUGCGUGAGCAACGAGGACGAACAUAACGGCUUCAUCAGAGUAGCCAGCGGAAAGAAGAGAGGAUUCGUCCCCUGUGACGUGCUGGAGAACAUCUGAGGAGGAGGAAUUAAAACGAGAAAUGAAGAGAGCGAGGAAAGAGUGUAAGAGAGAGAAACACAUCAAGAGUAGUGAAGGGGGAAUGUGUUCUCCCAGGAAACAGCGAUGGCAUCACCGCUGCCCGUCACUCAACUGAAGCCUGGACGAACAAAACUGCCGUCGGUAGCCGUGCUAAGAGUCACAGAGUUGCUAGAGGUUUAAAACACACAGGGAACAGCCUCAGCAGGAAUCUGAUAAAUCCAUCUCUUUUCCAUCCCUCCCUCUGUGAAAAGGUGACCGCGGGAAACGGAACUGAAUGUGCAUUCCUAAGACGGCUGGAUUCAGCCUUUUUAAUGUCUUGGUUUAAGAGACUCUGAUGUAAUAACCAAAUGUAGAUGUUCAGAGGAAGAAGCUUGAGGGCAGCAUUCCCUUUCUGUUACUGGAGCGUCAUAAGAUCAAAGAACUGUUUACAAAGUUAUUCUCCCACCACCCUGAGAGCACAUGUCCACUCAGAGCUAGUAUUACUUAACGCAGGUUUGAAAUAUCCUCGUGGAUUAUCUGCAAGCAGUUAAAAUGCACUGAUUAAUGAUAUCAAGUACGGUACGUCUCCUAGUUUGGUUUGAUGUAGGAGCAGUGUGACGCAAGUUCUUUGCAAGAUGUUGAGCAAACCCAAAGGGCUUGAUUCAACGAAUGCACAGAACACUUCUCACUUUGUUUUUUGGGGUUUUUUUUGCUGCAAUUGCAACAGCACUUGAGAAUUUACAUUCCUCCAACAGGGGAUUACUAAGUGCUACGCUCUGACCGGCAUUUCCUCUAAAAAGGCAAUCUUGUGAUAAAACGAGCUCGUUGACAGAAAGAAUUGGACAUAUCACAGAUUUGUCGAGAAUUGGAGUAUUUUCAAAGGGAAUGUGACGUUCAACAGACGCUUUUUGUCUGAAAGAAAAUUCUCCCCAUGAAUGACGAAACAGUUCCCACUACAGAACGUACAGAGCUGUAAUUAACAGAUAUGAAACAUUUCAUAAAUAGAGAUGUAAGACAUGACAUCAAAGAGUACUAUGGAGAACUUCAAAAUGAUGCUCAUGAGGUACUGAAUUUCAGUGUUAGAAUUCUGGUAUGUUCAAUUCACUCCCUGCUAACGAUUCCAUUUCAUCUUUAAUAAUAAUUAUGUUUUAGGGAUCAAGCAAACCUUUUAUUUACAUUCUUUACAGGAAUAUAUCAUGUCUAAAUAUUUAUUUGCUGCUUUAGUAAAACUAACAGUAGCUUUUUCAUUAUAUUAACAUACGCAAAAUCUUUCUUAAUUUGAUAAGAUUUUUCAUACAAUUAGAAUAUUGAUUCUUACAUGUAUAGGUAACACAUACUGCCCCCUUCAGGAUUAAAUAAGUAUAAGUUGAGACUUUUUGCAAUCAUCAGACUUUUUUCAAUCCUUUAAAAGAAUUAUCAGCCAAAAAUGCUAAUCUUGCCAAUAACAAAUGAAGGUUAAUAGCUGCCAAUAAGCAUUAUGCAAAUCGGAUCAAGCUUACUGGUUUCCUCUAGCUUUAAUUAUUUAUUAGCCACGUUAGCAUUUUUGGGUGAAUUAUUCAAUUUAUUUGGUGUACAUACACUACAUUUUCUACAUGGCUCCAUCCAUCUGUUCUCUAGUCUGGGGUUGAAUCACAUUGUAAGUUGUGUUAAAAAUGGGUUUUGGUCACUUGUAAAAGGGGAAAUACUGUAUUGUACAUAUUGUAUGCACAGAAUUAAACUCUAUUUAUUGAUUUU